AUGGCGUCUAGGUUGAUCCUGAGGCUGGCUCUUGCCUUAACAUGCGCUCAAACAGUAUUCUCACAGACAACAAGCUCACCAACAACUCCUUCUGCGCCGACAUCGACCUCAGCAACGCAAACCAGUAGCACUGGUUCUGCAUCUACGCCGCCUGAUGUAUGGCUGAAUAUACCAAAUCUAUCCGUCGGUCGGAUCGAGCUCGACGUUGACGAUCUCCGUGCGGACAUCAAUCUAAACGCACAAGUUGCCUCUCUCGUCACUCUGAACGCUGGUGUCGCAGUGUCAAUCCAACAAGUCAAUCUCACCAUCUCCGACGUGGAAGCCCAGCUAGAACUAAUUGUUCGCCUCGGCCAUCUCGUGGACAUUGUCAACCGAGUUUUCGAGUCCUUGGAUCUCAAUCCUCUUCUCAUCUCGGCAAUCAACAAUGUGACAUCCCUGCUUGAACCAAUUGUGGGGAGCAUUGAUGGUCUCCUAGGCUCAAUCACCCAAGGCGGCACGACAUUGAACUUUCUGAUCGACAACCUCGGAAAUAUUGUCCAGGAGGUUGGGGGGACAAGCACGAUUGUUGGAAACUAUCUGACCAACAUGACCGAUACGGGUGCCAGCAAGAAUCUCGGCUCCGGUCUCGUUCAAAAAACAUUUUCAUACACCCCACUGAAUGCACUGGUCGACAUAGUUUUCAAUACGGCUGGCCAAGUCAUUCAGGCAGCUGUCCAGAAAGCUGGCAGUGGGGCUGGUGGUGGCGGCGGCUCAUCCUCGACCUCGACCACGUCUACGCCGGCACCCACAACUACAUCUGUUAAGCGCAAUUCUGGAGUCACCGGGUAA